AUGGGAUUCUUCACCAGGAGUAACAAGGCCAAGGAGCCCACAAAGAAACUCAAGUCGGCGUCGCUCACUGAGCCCCCCAACGUCUUUGUUCCCGUCUCACAACCCGUCUACAGUCAGCAGGUCAAUGCGUCAACUCCACAGCUGAGCGGCGGUCGUGGGAAGCAUGUGAACAAGAAGAAGAAGAAGAAGAAGAAGGAGCAAAAGCAGCAACCACCAGUACAAGCGCAGCUGCAACUACACCAACCGCCCCCGCAACAGCAACAGCAACAGCAGCAACAAAAUCAGGGCCAUCAUAUGUGCGGCCCCGUCGUCGUCAAUCAACAUUAUUACCUUGGUGGCCAACCCCCACAGAACCACUCCUCACAACCCUUGCCACUGCUGCCGCCACGACACCCCUACGCCGCCACCGUUGGUUUCUCAUCGUCAGUGGGAAACCUCGCGCAGAAUCUUAAGGUCGUGCCUAGUUGCGCCGAUGGCCUGACAGCCUGGUAUGACUAUAGCGCUGAUCUCGUGACAUCGACGGUAAACGCCUGCGAUGACAUCUCUCGCCGCCUCAACAGGGUUCUCACUCUGAUUGACGGAGAGCACCUGGCUGGCGACGAGGUGGACCUUUUUACGUGUCGGACCCAGGUCCCCGAGAGCUCGUCCUCUGAUAGUCGCAGGACGGAUGGAAAGAAGUCGUCCAAAGAUCGUGAUAGAUCUAAGAACAGGAACAAGGACAAGGCGCUGUCUGCCAGCCACGAUGUCUUUGACAAGGUGAAUGCGUAUGCCAAUUCACGGCUGCCCAAGGACCUUCCGCCGUUUGCCGUGCAGACGGCCACUUGGCAGCUGCUCUGCCUGGCAGCGAGAUACUCGCUGAGCGUCUACGACCGACCGUCGGGUGCGGAGCGGGAGACGCACGUGUCGUCGGACUGGCUGACGGGAACAAAGGCUAUGUGCAUCAAGUCGGUGCCCAUGGACGACAUGGAGACGAUUGUGUUUGCCGUCCGCGGCACGGCCAGCUUCAUGGACUGGGCCGUCAAUCUAAGGGUCGAGCCGAAACCCCCCACUGGCUUCCUCGACGACCCGGGAAACCUGUGCCACGCGGGGUUUCUCAGUGUGGCUCGCCACAUGAUCCGGCCGGUGGCGUUGCGGCUACGCCAGCUCUUGCGCGAGGACCCCUCGCGUUCCCGCUGCAGCCUUCUGAUCACUGGCCAUUCGGCCGGCGGUGCUGUGGCCUCGCUGCUUUACUCGCAUAUGCUGGCGCAGGCGGCCGAGUCGCAGAGCGAGCUGAGCCUGUUGACCGGUCGUUUCAAGAGGGUCCACUGCGUCACGUUCGGUACACCACCCGUCAGCGUCAUGCCCCUGGCUGGGCCGGAAUGCCCACAGCUACGGACCAACAGUCUCUUCCUGAGCUUUGUCAACGAGGGCGACCCCGUCACCCGCGCCGACAAGGGCUACGUCAAGAGUCUCCUGGAGCUUCUGGGCUCUCCGUCGCCGGAUGCAAAGCACAGCAGCAAGACGCGCCGGAAGAAGAGCAGCAACCCUGUUCCUUCUGCUGCCAAACCUGUCUGGCCGGUCCCGCCAUGCACCCUGAGCAACGCGGGCACGAUCGUUGUCAUGCGGGGACACCACCACCAUCGUCGACCGUCCGGUCAUCGCAUGGCUACCUUGAACCAUCGCCUGGAGCAGGGCGUCGCGGCUCAUGUGUGUCGGGAGGACCAGCUGCGUGGCGUCAUCUGGAGUGAGCCCAUGGCCCACCUCAUGCAGCUCUAUGCCGGGAGGAUUGAGAGCCUUGCUGUGCAGGCUGUCACGGGCAAGUAUGAUUGA